CCAUCACGUACCAUCCUAGAAACCCUAAGCCAUCUCAAAUCAUUCCGCCGAAAAGCACCAUGUCCUCCACGAGUAUCCCAUCUCCAGCAAGCACCAGAAGCAAAUCAACCAGCCUCCGCACCCUCUGGUCCGGCACCCAAUCCACCCUCAAACGCAUCUUCUCCUCCCCCCGGCGCACGACAGCAUCCUUGUUCUCACGAACAGCCUCGCGAUCCGAAGGCGGCAGCAUCGUCCGCUACAUCAUCACCUUACCCCCCACACCCUCGCCCCCGACGAGCACGACGCCACGAUGCUUCUCCCUGUGCCUGUGUCUUCGAUGCCGUCGCCUCGAUAGGGAUACCGUUGUCGCGAUCGCGUGUCCGCCUGUGGCUGUGUACCGCGGGGCGGCGGGGGGAAAGGUUGAUGGGAGGGUUGGGGUUGCGGUUGUGUUGACUUUUGUGGGAUGGGUUCCGGGUGUGAUUUGUGAGGAUACCACAAGAAACACAACCAAGACCCGAGAAUCAGGGGAGUUAGAGAAGGGUAAAGAGUUUGCUGACGAUGUGGAUGUAGAUGCGCUCUCGAGUACCCCUGAAAAGCCAACGUCGCCUUAUUACUGGCAUACGAGCGAGAGGUCUAGCUCGGCUGUGAUGAAGCGUCCGAGGAGACGGCGGUCGACUUUGCCGUCCAAGAGGCAGGUUAAACGGGUUGUCUGA